CAAACGUUGUGCUGUCUUCCGUCUCUCAACGGCUAGUUUUUACCCUCUUCAAUAUCACCAUAUAUAAAUAACAUACAAUAGCUCAAGCUAUCCCAUCAAUACAAGCCACCCCUCUCUGCAUCUAAAGUAACAAAGCUAACCUCUUACACAACACAUUCAGCUAUCAGAAAAAUCACCAUGGUUGCUUCCUCAAGAACUGUUUCUUCUUCUUUAAUGUUCAUGUUCUUUCUCUUUGGCCUCUCUGCAGCUACAGAACUAUUGGUUGGAGGCAAGGAAAAUGCAUGGAAGGUUCCAUCUUCUGAAGCAGACUCACUCAAUAAAUGGGCUGGGAAAUCUCGUUUCAACGUCGGUGAUCAUCUUGUAUGGAAAUAUGAUGGUGGGAAAGACUCAGUUUUGCAAGUAAACAAAGAAGAUUAUGCUAACUGCAACAGCUCAAACCCCAUUCAAGAGUACCAUGAUGGGAACACUAAGGUGAAGCUAGACCGUCCUGGACCAUUCUACUUCAUCAGUGGAGCUAAGGGUCAUUGUGAGAAGGGACAAAAGCUGGUUGUGGUGGUUAUUACUCCAAGGAAAAGAUACGGUCCAGUUUCCCCUGCACCUUCUCCAGCACCCUCUUCAGCAGAGUUAGAAGGAGGUCCAGCUGUUGCUCCAGCUCCAACUAGCAGUGCAUCAGUUUUGCAAACUGGUUUUGUGACUGCUCUGGGACUAUUAGCUACUAUUUCUGUUGGUUUUCUCAUGUGAAUCACAGCAUCUUAUUAGUCCUUUUUUUUUCUCUCAAGAAUCUUUUUAUUUUGUAGCUAUUCAUUUUAUUUAUUUGUUCAGAACUUAUAAAUAAAAAUCUGAUAUUGGAUUCUAAA